CAAAACAUUUAAGCACGAGCAUGACACCUGAUUGGUGAUAAAAACAACAAAGCUCGACGAGGAAUUCUAUCUGGUUCUCAUAAUGUCCGAACAGGAUAAGAACGGGGAUAACGACUCCUUGGACGAAGAGCAGGAUGACGAGAACCGUGAGGCACUUAAUUCAGUCAAAAGCGUUGAAGAUAUCUGCAAAACAAACGUUUCGAAGAGUAAUCUACAACUAAGCCCUAAAACUGAUCAGGAAAAGGUUAAAUCUGCUCCGCCGACAACUUGCUCUAUAGCAAUCCAAGAGUUAAAUAAUUUAGAGAUGGAUUCAGAUAGCGAUUAUACUGGAUUUCUCGAGCAAAUGAAUGUUCGUUACUCUCAAUUUCGGAUUGCAUCUGGCCAAAAUGUCCAACAAACAGGUCAGGGAAUGGACUACAGGGACUAUAGCUUUAGCGAAUAUCCAGUUGGCUACCCCUCUUGCAGUUGGGAAUCUUCCGAGUUAAAUGGUCAGGACCUGACUUCCCAGGUUUCUCUUGGGCAAAGUCAGGUGGAGACCCCGUCCUGUUCGAAUCAGCAAACCUCUCAAAGUAAUAGCUUUUACAGCUAUGAGCGACCCCUUCUGGAAAAUGGCUCAGGAUCGAAUGAAACUAUUGUCAACAAGCCCAGCACACCUACUUUUUCUGCCUGUGGAAAUCCUGGCCUUGUCAGCAAACCCAACACACAAACUGCAGCUUCCUGUGGAAAUCCUUGCUUUUCACAAAAUUCCAACGCUUGUUGCUACCCGAUGGGACAACCUGGUCAACCAAUCAGAUAUUGCUACUCCGAGCAGGGGAAUCCCGGCCAGGAGCAACAGCUGAUGCCAACGCCCAUAGGCGUUGAUCCAAAUACGGGGUUUCCCAUCUACUAUUAUUCAAGUGCAGUUAGUUAUCCUGGGAAUGGAAUGUAUUCCAUGCCACCCAUGCAAAUGGAGCGAAAUCAACGAGGCGGUGGUCAGCAUAAUAUGAAUAUGGACAGCACAUCCAAAGCUGCUUCUUCAUCUUCUGCUGAAAAUGCGAUCGAUAGUAAUGUCGCUUCAAAUCAGAAUUCAGACGAUAUGGAAACAUUUAUGAAAAAGUACCAAAAAUGUAUUAGGGAUUACUAUGCUUCUGCACAACAAGGCGUCCAAACUCAGCAGUAUUUCAACAACUUUUCUCAAGGCACUCCACAGUAUUAUAGCAACCCUAAUGAAGGUAAUCAGCAAAUGUAUUGUAACAGAAAUCAAGCUGGUCAUCAGAAUUUCGAAGGCCUAAAUCAAGAAAGCCAACAGGAUGUUCUAGGUGCUCGCCAGUUCUUUGAAAGCUCAAGUCAAGAAAAUGGGCAGUCUUAUCAAAUGGGUCAGCAAUCUUUUGGUUUUCCUCUGGGAGCUCAGCAAUAUUAUAACAAUUCUGGUGGUCAACCAUUCUUUCCACCAUCGAUGGGAACUCCUCGCUCUAAUAUCUUUGGAAAUAAUUCCGGCUUUAUGAGCGACUCUCUGCAGACCCAAACAGUUUACUCCUCUGACUAUAGACCAUUUUCCAACGAGGGCAACCACUUUAACCACUUCCCCAAUGGCAUAGACAUCGGCUUGACCCCCGAGCCCUGUCCCAUCUACGGACCAGCUGCAACCGCUGGCCUGGCUGAGAUGGGCACCGGAGGUCAGGUCUAUGGAAUGGGAGGUGCCUGUGAAAUGAACAUGCCCUCCUUUCCUCUUAGUCAAAUGAGUUAUUCAAGUCCCUAUAGCUUUGAGAUGCCUGCAUCUAUGGCUAUCCCUCAAACUCAAGUUGGAAAUAUGAGUGGUGCAAAUCCCAUGUGAAAUUGCUGAAGAAAAUCAACAAAAUUCUUUGAGGACAUGUGUAU